AUGGAUGGGAAUCUGACAAAGAUAUCCCUGAAUUACCAGAAAGCAUGUUAUGUCUCAUUACACCAGAUUCACAGAAUACAGCAUGAAGCACUUCUGACCAAAUCAGACUCUACAACAGAAAAAGCCAGCAGAGAAGUUUUCAAAUGCUCUUCAUCACUAGAAGGAGAUGAAGAACAAAAAUCAAGAUCAUCAAAAGAGGUAGGAGGAGAAGGGAUUCUGAUGAUUACCAACUCACCAGGUAGUAAGUCAGAUGAUGCUGAAGAUGAUCAAAUUCAUGAAGGAAGAAUUCAUCCAGAUUUUGAUAUGCUACAAGAGACAGCACAAGAACAUUAUGCAAAAUCACAUAUUGCUGGAAGAAUUCAUGAAGAUGCUAGAGAUCAUUAUGAAGAAGCUCAAUUUGAUGGCCUUGAAAUUGAAACAACUGAAGUAAUACAUCAUAAUGAAUCCCAUAUCACUGGUACAUCUCUCUCAAGAACUGUUUUAGUUGAUACUUACUCAAAACAAACAAAAUCAGAAAGUUCAGUUAAUGUUUCUUACAACUUAGAACAUGAAAAAACUGAUGUUGAAAUUUCUAAGCCUGUGGAGUUGAAUGUUGAUUUUGCAUGUGGAGGAAAUUAUGUGGCGGCGAUGAAAGCUUCCCAUGCAAACCCUAGUGGGGCAUCUAAUGUAAACCCUAGUUCGGCCGAUAAGGGUUUGUUGAACAAUCAGAUUGGUGCGCAAGGUAGUCAGAAUGUCCGAAAGGAAUCAGGUAAGCCUCCAUUAUCUUAUGCUGAUUCUAUUGGGGCAUCUAGUUCCAGGAAGGUCAAUUUUCGAACUCUUGCUAGUCCGGUAGCUCAUGAGGGAUGUGAUGUUGUUUUGCCGAAAGAAUCUGUUAGAGUUGUUAAAGAUAAGCUUGCUAAUACGUUAUAUGGAUACUUCCUUGGUGAUCGUGUUGCAUACCCGGUAGUCGAAUACUUCGUGAGGAAUAAUUGGAAGAAAUUUGGCCUUCAAAAGUCUAUGAUGAAUGCGAGUGGUUUUUUCUUUUUUAAGUUUGCAGAUGAAAUUGGUAUGAUGAAUGCUAUGAAAGAGGGUCCUUGGAUUAUUCGUUCGCAACCUCUAUUUCUUAAUGUAUGGUCCCCAUCUUCGAAACUAGAAAAAAAGGAAGUUAAAACUGUGCAACUUUGGGUUAAAAUACACGAUGUACCUCUUGCUGCGUAUACAGAGGAUGGAUUAAGCAUGAUUGCAACGGCUAUUGGUAAUCCUAUGGUUUUAGACACGUACACUACCUCAAUGUGCUUAGACUCUUGGGGUAGGAGUAGCUUUGCUAGAGCUUUGGUUGAGAUCUCGGCUGACAAUGAGUUCAAAGAGGAAAUUGUGAUUGCAGUUCCAGAUUUGGAAGGGGAUGGAUUUGUUAAGGAAAAGGUGUAUGUGGAGUAUGAAUGGAGCCCUCAUCGAUGCUCCUUUUGCAAGGUGUUUGGGCAUAAUGAUGGGGCUUGCCCGAGACAAGUCAGGCAGGUCACGAAGGGUCCGGCUACUAUUCAAAAAGCUCAUCAAGUAUCUAAUUCUAAAGUGCCUUCGAAAAAACCAGUGGUAGACAAAGACGGGUUCAUGGAUAUGGAUGCUAGGAAAACGGCAAAGAGAACGGGGUUUCCGGUUAAUAAGCAAAAACAGAAGUUUGAAUAUCGUUCGGUUGGGUUAAAAACUAGUGGAGGAGCUAAUAAAUCAACCCCAAAAUCUAGCUUUACCUCAAACAAUCCCUUUGACGUGUUAAAUGAUUCGAGGAAUGACCAUGAAGCUGGUGGAAGUGGAGCAGGGGAUGAUAAAGACGAAUCGGAUGAUGACGAGGUACAGGAAGUAUAUAAUGAGACGGAUGAAUUUCUUGUCAGUGACUCUAGGAAACCUGAAACUAAACAAGGGGCAAGCACUCCUUUUUCGGCGGUUAACAAUGAGUCGCAUGUUGAUGUUAGUAGACUGAGUCAUGUGUGCAUAUCUGUGUUCCGUUCCUGGGAUUGGACGUCCAAUGGGGCUCGCUGUAGCAAAGGUACGAGGAUUAUUAUAGGAUGGAAUCCAGCCGUUUUUGAUGUUAUGGUGUUGUCUCAGACCGAUCAGGUUAUUCAUUUACAACUCUUUUUCAAGAAGGAUAACAAAAUAGCCUUUUGUUCGGUUGUUUAUGCGGCUAAUUAUUAUGUGACCCGUAGGGAGUUAUGGCACCAUUUGUCUUUGUACAAAAUAUUUGUUGGCAAUAAUCCAUGGUUUCUAAUGGGAGAUUUCAACUCCGCGUUAAACCUAGAAGAUAAAUCAGUGGGGGCCUCAUCUGUUUCUCUUAGUAUGAAAGAAUUCCAAGAGUGUGUGAAUGAUAUUGAAAUGUUUGAUAUUAAUCGGUCCGGUCUCCAUUUUACAUGGAGCCAGAAGCCCAAGAAGGGGAUUGGUUUGCUGAAAAAGAUCGAUAGAGUACUUGGUAAUACCCACUUCGUAAGUAAUUUUCCGAAUGUUGUUGCUCUUUUCCAGCCGUAUCGGCUCUCGGAUCAUUGCCCCUGUGUUUUAAAGCUCCCAAAUGCUGGUAUUUUGAAACCUCGGUCAUUUAAAUUUGCUAAUUUUCUGGUGUUUAAGCCUGAAUUUUUAGAUAUUGUGAAGCGGGUAUGGGAUACUAGAGUUAAUGGAGUGCACCAGUUCUGUGUUGUAAAACGUCUUCGGCUUCUGAAAAAACCUCUUCGUGCACUGUUAUUUAAGCAAGGUAACUUGCAUAAAAAAGUUGAAAGUCUCCGGGAGAAGCUUGAUGUCAUUCAGAGUUCUAUUGAUAAACAACCGAAUAGUGAGAUUCUUCGGGUUGAAGAAGCUACUUUAAGUGCUGAAUACCAAGAAGCUUUAUUGGAUGAGGAGCGUUUUCUGAAACAGAAAUCCAAAGUGGACUGGUUGAGGGCUGGGGAUAUGAACAUGGCUUUUUUUCACUCUUCGCUAAAAAACAAAAAUCAUCGUAGCCGUAUUGAUGUUAUUCGUGAUACUGGGGGUGUUAUCUUUGAGGGCAAUCAGGUUCAUCAAGCUUUUGUCGAUCAUUACGAGAAGUUUUUGGGUUGCCGGGGCGAUACGUCGCUAAAUCCGGCUCCGGAUUUAUUUUCUAAAGUCUUGGAUCCGAAUGUUGCUACUCAUAUGUGUAGACAGGUGACUGUAGAUGAGGUAAAGAAGGCUAUGUUUUCUAUUGGCAUUGACAAGGCUCCUGGUCCAGAUGGGUUUACUGCAGCUUUUUUCAAGAGUGCGUGGCCUAUUUUUGGUAAUGAUGUCUCAAGGGCUAUUAUUGAUUUUUUUGAUACAGGGAAUCUUCUUCGAGAGUUAAAUCACACUCUUAUUGUGCUAGUGCCAAAGGUUCCUUCCCCAUCGGUUGUGACUGACUUCAGGCCGAUAGCUUGUUGUAAUGUCAUAUAUAAAUGCAUUAGCAAGAUAGUUGCGGAAAGAGUGAAGGUGGCAUUGAAUAAUAUUGUCAGCAUAAACCAAUUUGCUUUUGUACCAGGAAGGAAGAUUUCUGACAAUAUUCUGUUAACCCAAGAAUUGAUGCACAAUUAUCAUAGAAAUUCUGGUCCCCCAAGAUGUGCUUUUAAAGUAGAUAUCCAAAAGGCCUAUGAUACGGUUGAUUGGAGGUUCCUUAAAAAUAUCUUGCUUGGUUUUGGGUUUAGCAUCAAGAUGGUCAAUUGGAUCAUGGUUUGUGUCUCUACUGCAUCGUACUCUGUUUGUGUCAACGGUAAUGUGCAUGGGUAUUUCAAAGGUAAUCGGGGGCUUCGCCAGGGAGAUCCGCUUUCCCCAUAUUUAUUUACUCUUGUCAUGGAGACGAUUUAUUCCUUUUUGCCAGAGGGGAAAUUGCUUCGGCUAGAUGUAUUAUGA